UGUAAAAUUGCGUGAUAUUAAAUGUGUGGUUAGUUUUGUGUCAUAUAAAUUGGAUUGUGGAAGGUUAUGUUGGUUCUAAGUGCAAAAACGUAAAACGUAGUACUUGUGGUAUUAUAUGUGUUAAAAAAACUACUAAAAAAUUAUAAGUUAUAUACGAAAUUGAUACAGUAUAUAAAAGAGAAAUGGAAAAUCGCGCAACUCGUUCAUUUUUUGGUUUUAGUAUUUUCAUUUUCUUUCUUUAUUUUAUGAAAGUGUCAACUGCACCAAGUAUACCAGCAAAACGUAGCAUUAUAGAUGUAAUGAAAAAUGAUACACAGUUGUGUACAAUACCAACAUUUUUGUAUGAAAACAAUGUUACAGAGAGUUGUCAAAAUAUAACAUAUCCUGAUGGAAAUAAUAAAAAGUCACAUCAAUGUGAUUUAGAAUGUACGAGUACCUUUUUAUGUUUGGCAUUUUAUGAUACAUGGUAUAAAGCUUGCCAAUUUAAUCAAUCCCAGAACACAUUUAAUAAUGUGACUACAUUUUAUUCAUAUAUUCAGAAAUCUUCUCCUGGAGAGAAAGAAGAUGAUCAGGCUAAGUUUUGUAAAAAUAAUAAAGACAUUCAAUUUUCAUAUACAAAAUUGAAACCAUUAUUAUCACUUGUAGAUUUUAACAAUUCUAAUGUAUGCUAUUUGACAUGUUUUGGUGUAACAGCAAAAUUUGUUCCACUUUGUGCAAUAUUAGUGUGGAGUAAAAGCAUUGAUGAUAUGCAACAAAUAAGUAAAAAUCUACAAACAGUGUCUGCAAAUAAUAUAUUAGAUACCCAGUUAUUUGUAACAAGUGUAAAACAAAAUACACAAGAACAAGAUACUAAUACAAUACUAAAUAAAACUUCUAGUGGAAUAGUAGAAGAAAGUGGCAAUGAUACUGUUGAAAAACCAAAUACAAAUAAAGCUAUUGAUGUUAAUGAUAAGGCACCAUUAUCGCAGGAAGCAGUGCAAACUAACACUAAAUAUCCUGCUGAUAAAUCUGAGCAAAGUACUGUCAAUAAUAUUAAUUCCUCUCCGUCAAAUCAAAAAACAAAGGUAGAAUCUACUAUUGAGAAAGAGAAAUUGGAGAAUUCCAAUGAAAAGCCUGUAAGUAACGUAGGUGCUGGAAAUAAAAAAGAAGCUAAUGAAAUUGUUGAAACAAGUACAUUAUCAGAAAAUACUCAGGAUCAUGAAAAUACUGUUAACCUAGAUGAAUGGAAUCGUGAAGACGACAAAUUAUCUAAUGAUCCAGAUGAUGUACCUGAUCAGUCUAUUGAUACAGCAGACCAAGGUCAAGGUAUACCUAAACCAUCUGAACAAAGAGAUAUCAUAUCUCAUUAUCAUAGUAUCAGAACAGACGAGGAGUCUCAUUUUUUUACUUACUUCACUGCAGUUUCUUUGAUUUCCAUAGCUGCAUACAUUGGUUAUCAUAAUAAGCAAAAGAUAUUCGCUAUUGUAUUGGAAGGACGGCGAACACGAAAUAGCCGCGGUAGACGACGACCAAGUACCGUUAAUUAUCGUAAAUUAGAUUGUACACUAGAAGAAGCGGUUACAUCACAGUGUAAUGCAAAUGUCACUCAUACCCAUGUCAUAUAUUAAUGCAUGUAUCUGAAACUUUAAAGCAACUGUAUAAUAGCA